UUGUAGUUCUUGCGUUGGACGGAAGCCGAAGCGGACGCGCGGCGGCAUGUGGCACUCAGUGUUGGUGCGGGAGGCCUUGGUGGUGGCGGGCCGGUGUCGCGCUUUGGGGCCUCGUCUCGCUGCCCGCGUCCCCGCACAAUGGACGCCUGUGAGCGGCCUGGCCCUGCAGCGGAGCCUACACGUGUCGGCGGCCCGGCCUCUCCCGCUCAUUCCCAUUGUGGUGGAGCAGACGGGUCGCGGUGAGCGCGCCUAUGACAUCUACUCGCGGCUGCUGCGGGAGCGCAUCGUGUGCGUGAUGGGCCCGAUCGAUGACAAUGUGGCCAGCCUGGUUAUUGCACAGUUGCUGUUCCUACAGUCCGAGAGCAACAAGAAGCCCAUCCACAUGUACAUCAACAGCCCUGGUGGCGUAGUGACGGCUGGCCUGGCCAUCUACGACACCAUGCAGUACAUACUGAACCCCAUCUGCACGUGGUGUGUGGGUCAGGCUGCCAGCAUGGGCUCUCUGCUUCUUGCUGCCGGCAGCCCUGGAAUGCGACACUCACUCCCCAAUUCCCGCAUCAUGAUCCACCAGCCCUCAGGGGGCGCCCGGGGCCAAGCCACAGAUAUCGCCAUCCAAGCAGAGGAGAUCUUGAAGCUCAAGAGGCAGCUGUACAACAUCUAUGCCAAGCACACGAAGCAGAGCCUCCAGGUGAUUGAGUCGGCCAUGGAGAGGGACCGCUACAUGAGCCCCAUGGAGGCACAGGAGUUUGGCAUCUUGGACAAGGUCCUGGUCCACCCGCCCCAGGAUGGUGAGGAUGAGCCAGAGCUGGUUCAGAAGGAGCCUACCACGCCACCAACAGAGCCACCUGCCCCGGCCAGCACCUGAGUGCCAGGCCCCUGCUACAGGGCUCAGACCUCUCAAGGAACUUUGGACGUUGGGGUGCCCCCUUGGUGGGCAGCCUGGCUGAGACACUGUGAUUUUAAAUUAAAUCUUUGUGAUCUUCU